CCUCUCUUUCUCCUUCUGUCUCCUCUCCUCUCUGUUUCUGCAUCAUCAGGAAGAUAAUUUUGAGGAUGAUGACAUGACACUGUGGAUGGCCAAUGAUCAUGGAAGAAAGGAGUGAAAGAGGUGUGCCCUGAGGUUGAGCUCAGAGCUGAUCGAUGCUGAGAAGACAGAAGAGGAAGAAAGGGAAAAGAGGGAAGUAGAGGUGGUUUGGGGAAGCCAUGUCCAAGCAAGCGAGUGCUGACACUGGCUAAAAAAAGGAGGAGAAGAGGAGGAGGGAGGGAGAAAGCUGUCGCUUGUCAAAGGGGGAUCAAUCUGUGCAGUCAUGGACAAAUAUCGACCAAAGAGACCAACCACCUUGGCUCUGUUCCCACAGCUGCCACAAGCCGGUACCCAGGACUCCAUCAACAACAAUUCUUUAGGCAAGGACAGCUGGAAAGACUCCCACUCUUCCUCUCCACAUAUCACAGGGGAUCUUACUCCAUCAAAUGUCCAACCAAAAGCUGAGGACAAAGUCCAGCACAGCACCCAGCGCCGGCCAGCACCAAAGCCCCCAACAACCAAUGUAUCCAAGAGCAGAGCCAACACUCAGGCUGCUGCCACUGGUUCAGACACACAAGCUCGACCACGGGAACGGCUAGCACCUGGAGGUACGCACACACAGUCUUCCAGCACACCAAGAAGUCAACGGAGAGCAGGAAGUGGAGGAGGAAAAGGAGGAAAAGGAGCAACAGCAAUGAGAGAAAGGAGCCUGGGGGACCUCAAAGGAAAGGAUGGAGUGGCUGAGAGAAGAGGAGGACGACUGUGCGACGAAUCAAAGAUGAAAGACAGGAAUGGACAUCAGAGGCCAAGGGAAGUAAACGGACUGAAAGGCCGGGCAGCUGAUGGGAGAGGAAAAGGAGGUACUAAAGGAGGCAACAGAGGAGGCAGCUUAAAAUCCAAUAAAACUCUGUCUAAUCAGGAAAUCUAUCUGCCUGCUAUGGUGGUACCACGCACACCUGUAGCACCAAGAAACCUGGAGACAACCCAACACCAAGACCAGAACCAUGACAGGACCCAGGACAACCCGUCUGUCCUCUCCCACUCCAGCAGUGAAGGGGGGUCCAAUAGGAUGUCCCUUAGCUCAGACACAGAAGGACCUCCACCAGGGCCUUUGCAUCCCUCCCUGUCCCAUCGAACUAACCCUGACAUCAGUGAAGAAGAGGGUGAAGGAGAGCCAACUCCCUGCCUAAACUUCCAGAAUGGGCUAACCUGCUGCCUCACAGGUACUGGAAAAACAGAAACAGACUGUACCACUGAAACCGUGUUAGAAAAAGGUGACGGCAUCAUGGCCUCUGCAGCUAAUUGGACUGCACCAAACAGUGGAUCUGCAGCGGGGUUAAAUUAUGACUCUGUUAAAUAUACUCUGGUGGUGGAUGAAAAUGCUCAACUGGAGCUGGUCGACCUCAAAGACUGCUUGAAUGGCUACAACGAACACAAUGAUGACAGUGAUGCUGAAACAGUCUAUCAGUCAGCCAAUGAGGAGGAAGACCCACAGUAUGAGAAGGAGAAAAAGAAAAGCGAGGAAGCAAGAAAGCAAGAGAGGAGGGACGUGGAAGAAAAAAGAAAGGAGGAAGAGGCAAAGAAAAGGCAGGAAGAAGAGGUGAGAAGGAAGAGGGAAGAGGAGGUGAAGAGGAGGAGGGACAUCGUGAUGAGAUUUUGCAAACAGGCUAAGAUAACAUCAUCGACAACUUCAGAGGAAGAGGAGUCUAAUGGUGGAAGGGUUGGUGCUCCCAGAAGCAGAAAGUUCCUCAACCUGUUUGCCAAGAACAGCAGCCAUUACAGUGCCACAGGUGCUGGCUCGUUUGGUGUGUUCUCCUGUGUUCUUGAUGGCGUGGAGAGGCAGCAGAGUCACAGAGCUGUCUACAGGUUUGUUCCUCGUCAUGGCGAUGAGCUGGACCUUGAAGCAGAUGACCCUGUCUUAAUGCUGAACCAGUCUAAGGACCUGUGGUGUCAGGGCUACAACAUGAGGACUGGGGCUAUUGGUAUCUUCCCUGCCUUCUAUGCUGUCAGGGUGCCCAAAGAAAUUGACCAAGUUCAGAAAGAUGAUUGGAUUGAGAAGUUCCUGGUACAAUUUCUGGGUUCCGUUCAGGUUCCCAUCCACACAGGCAAUGACGUGCUGUGUGCUGCAAUGCAGAAGGUAGCGCACAAUAGACGGUCAGCAGGUCAGCCUCCAUCAGCCUGUGUGCUGGAAGUCAGUGUGAAAGGGGUGAAGAUCAGCGUCCAGGACCAGUGUCACUCUGUUCACAGGGGGGACCAGUGUUUCCAUUUCUUCCAGUUGAAAAAUAUUUCAUUCUGUGGCUGUCAUCCAAAACACAGCAAGUAUUUUGGUUUCAUCACCAAGCAUCCUGACCAGCAGCGCUUUGCCUGCCAUGUUCUGAUGUCAGAGACAUCUUCACAUCCUUUAGCAGAGUCUGUGGGGAGGGCAUUCCAGCAGUAUUAUAAGAAGUACAUCAGUUACUCUUGUCCCACUGAAGACAUCUUCAUUGAAUAAUGCCUCCCAUUCGCUCCACUCUAUGAAUUGGACACUCACGAUGUGCAUGUAAGCCUGGUCUUAUACCACCAACUGGACCACUGAUGUAUCUUCUUUGCAUGGUGAAUUUUUGAUUUUCUUAUUUGCUUCCAAUAAUACAGCAAGUAAUACAGCCGUGUCACAAUAAAAAUACCUCUAUGGAUGGAUAGGGUCACAUGAGAUUUUCCAUACCACAGAAAGUUACCCAUACUUCAACAGAGAUGUCUAAUAUUGCAUUUUAUCUGCAAUUAUUUAUAAUUAACUAUGCAUGAAUAGUGCAUACUUGCCAAAGUAUUUGCUCAUCUGCUUUCGCACGCAUAUGAACUUGAAUGACUUCCCACUCUUAAUCCACGGGGUUUAAUAUGAUGUCAGCCUGCACUUUGCAGCUGUAACAGUUUCAAAUCU